AUGGAAGGAUGUGUAGUCUUUGGAACAAUAUCACAUUUUGAAAGCUGCGAUCAAUUUUAUAUCGUAAUUGAUGGCACUGUUCCAAGCAUCGAAAUCAAAACAGAUGAGCUGGUUCAGAUAUGGUGGAUUCCUUCUAUAUUUGAUCAGUUUCUUGUUCGAUCUGGCAAUGAAUUCUUUCGAUGUACUCGGUUACCGUUAAGUGAUGAAACUUUGGAUCCUUUAAUAUGCAUGACCCUUUAUCUUUUUGACACUGGUGAAAAAUUCAACAUGGCAAUUUGUGACAUGGAUUUAGACAUGAUGUACAUUCUUCCCGACAAUUUAAAAGAGUCUCCUGCACUGGCAAAAAGAUGUAAAUUAAAUAAACUGAGAAUUGACCACGACUUCGAUGACGAAGCUUCUUUUCUCAUGAACAACAUUCACCAGAAGUUUACAUUUGAAGUGGUAGCAGUAAGAAACGACGAUAUGAAAGUUAAUGUUUAUCCAAUUUGGAACCAUAAAUUAAUUGAUGAUACAAUUCAAGAAGUUUCCAAAUCACCACCUGAAAUAAGCAAAGAAACAUUUACUGAAAAACAAUUGGAAAUUUGGCAUGAAGAGCCAUUAAACACUGAGAAUGCUCAAUUGGCUGUUCAAGGAUUUGUUACACACGACGAUGAAAAUUUAUGCAAGUUUUAUGAACCAGAGACUGGCGGAUGCUUCAAAGGCGGUCGUUGUAAGCAGCUUCAUAUUCCCGAAAUAAAAGAUGGAGCAUGUCGCGAUCGAAUAAAAAUUCUUUCUUUGGACAUUCCAGUUUCAUUCCGAAAGCCAAUUUUGCAUUCAAGAGUUUCCAUUCGUGUCAUCAGCUUUUAUAGUGUCAACAAAUUCUGGUGUAGUUAUGUAAAGCGUAAACAUACAUCAACAGAAUCUGAAGUUAAGACGUUAAUGUAUCUAAUGAAUGAACAAGACGAAGUCAAAGAGUAUAAAAACAUUAAAGAAUUGCCAAGCAUCCAUCAACUUGUCUCUAUGGAAAGUUUCUUCGUGGACGUGUCGAGUCUGAUGGAAAUUGUUGACAUUCAGCCACUACCUGAAAAAUCCAACACAGCUGAAGUCGCUAAAAUUAUUCUGGAACAUCAAGAAAAGUGUAAAUUUCUGAUUGCUAUAAUUUUCGAGAAUGUUGACGGAAUAAAAUGCAAACUUUACAAUUUCGAUGACGAUGAUUUAUCACAAGAACUCAUCGGGCUGCAACUCGUUGCUGAAAAGGAAAUUCAACGACCAAACAUUGAUGAACAUGAAACGAUUCCAGUUUAA